AUGAGGGGUUCAAGGUCGAAGUUGGAGAACUUCGAUCCUAACGCGUCGGAUCCAGACGACUCCGACUUCGAGGAGAACCCGUCAUCACCUCCGCGUCGCCCUUCGAAGAAGAAGAAGUCAACCCCGGCCCGCAAGAGGACCUCGAAGCGCGCGCGACACGACUAUGGCAGCUCGGAUGAUGACAUUGUUGACGAUGAUGAUGAGAUAAGUGAGGAGUCAUAUGCAUCAGCCAACGACCUUGAAUCGGAAGAGGAACCGGAAGUUAAUGCUAGCGGUCGCCCUGCCCGCAACGCUGCGAAGAAGAACAUCAAGUACGAAGAGAGUGCCGACGAAGAUAUCGAAGACAACGACCUGGUCGUGGAGUCCACUGAGCGGAAUACCGGUGACAAGCGCAAGCAGAAGAAGUCACGUAUAGUGGUAUUGAAGGUGAACCUGCAGAAACUUCCCCAGCAGAACACGCGAAGCACGCGUGCAAGGUCCACUCGUGCAGCAAGUAAGUCGGUGCAGCCAGAAUCGAAUGUGAGGACCCGGAGGAGCGUGCGUCUCUCCGAGGAUCGGGAGGAGCCGUUGCAAGAGCUGGGAUAUUCAGGCAGAGCCAGGUCUGUUGGUUCAAUUGCAGGCAGCCACUCACCUCAGCGACGCGCCGGCGCGAGGCCCGCUCAGGGUCGCAAGGCUCCAAUGAAGCGGCCCAGCACCAUUAUGGAAGCUUCCCAAGAAGCGUCCGGACAGUCAGCCCAAAGCCCCGACCCGCUGCAGCCCAAGGAAGAAGCUGAAGAAGAGGUGCAAGUUAGCCAAGCUGCAUCUAUUACGUCAGAGAUUCGCUAUGAAGGACAAGACAUUGAAGACGCUCAGUCAGGUGAGGCCGUGAUUCAAGAGUCAGAACACGAGCAGCAUGACGAAGAGGAUGAGGAUGAGGAUGACGAGGGUCCCGUAACGAGGACUCGUAACAGAACCCAACAAGUAGGUGUCAACUCUUCUCCAUUAGCAGGAAAGCAACUUCCGAAAGCAGCCACUGCAGCACUACAACAAUUCAAGAAGCGCAAAGCUCCCUCGGCAACAGCCAAGGAGGCGAAGAGCAUCAAGCCCAAGCGCGACACUUUUGACAUCCCAAAACACCAAAGAAUUUCCCAAAGAGAGCUCAAAGGGUUGGGGUUAACUCAGAUACAACAGACAAAUGCGGCGCGCGCAUCUCAAAGGCGCAAUGCGGACGAUAGCAGCGACGACUUCGACCCCGGCGACGACGACAAACAUGGCGAAUCCGAAGAUGACGACCUGGACUCCGAACGACCACCAUCCAAGCGCCAGAAGAGCUCCGGCGAUGAGAGCACGACCCGCAGAAAGUCACAGAGACUGAAGUCAUCUCAGCGCAGCAGGAACAAUUCUGUGUCCGAUGAAGAGCUGGAUGUCGACGAGAUCAGAGAUGAGGUUCAAGAGCUUCGUCAUGACGAGAGGCGCAACCGUCAAACCCGGCCAAACCGCGCCAGUCUAGCAGACGAAGCGAGUAUUAAGCGUUCUCUUCGUCGAAAGGAUCCAAACAAGAACUACACAAUGAUGACACUUCCCGAUCUCUAUAGGAUGGAUGAAGAAAACGGCGAAGAUGCCGGUGCACCAGCUCCAUCGCAAGGCAAGAAGGCAGCAGUAGCAGGGUGGCGACCUCUCUAUAGCCUUGCUGGACCAUUCGGUGGACUCGGAGGAAAGGAACCUCUACUUGGUAUGAUGGCUUUACAGUUGCCUCUUGAAGCGGAUUUAACCAUCACAACAGGCGUACCGAAAAAUCACGAUUACCUUGGCGAGGUCGGCGACUUGGACUCAGAUAGCAGCGACGACAACGACAUUAACCAGAGUGGCCAACGGGGACCCCGUGGAAGCGGGAACGCACCCAAGUCGGUCGCCGGUAGCAUCUUACAGCUGGGUCAGACUCCCGACAAAGGCUUCCGCGGCGGGCCCGCCGGUCUUGGCAAGAUCGGAGAAGGAGGUAAUGCGGAUGUUAACCCCAUCACCGUUGACGAGGAGGUCAACUUCGAUAGCGUUGGGGGGCUAGACAACCACAUCAACCAGCUAAAGGAGAUGGUCACAUUGCCUCUUCUUUAUCCCGAAAUGUUCCAAAAGUUCAAGAUCACCCCGCCGCGCGGUGUGCUGUUCCAUGGCCCCCCUGGUACCGGAAAGACUCUUCUCGCGCGCGCUCUGUCCAAUGCUCUCAGCACCGACGGCAAGAAGGUUACAUUUUACAUGCGCAAAGGCGCCGACGCACUUAGCAAAUGGGUUGGAGAGGCUGAGCGCCAGCUUCGCAUGCUCUUCGAAGACGCUCGCAGAAAUCAGCCAAGCAUCAUCUUCUUCGACGAGAUUGAUGGACUUGCACCCGUGCGGUCCAGCAAAUCCGAGCAGUCGCUCGCCUCUAUUGUCGCAACCCUCCUGGCCCUCAUGGACGGCAUGGAUGAUCGCGGACAGGUGGUUAUCAUUGGUGCUACCAACCGUCCCGACAACGUUGACCCGGCCCUGCGUCGACCGGGUAGAUUCGACCGCGAAUUCUACUUUCCACUUCCUGACCAUGAGGCCCGUCGUUCCAUCAUAAGCAUCCAUACCAAGAACUGGAGCCCGCCCUUAUCGGAAGAUUUCAAGAACCAGCUGGCCGAGAUGACCAAGGGUUACGGGGGUGCUGAUCUUCGCGCCCUCUGCACUGAAGCUGCAGUCAAUGCCAUCCAGGGCACGUUCCCACAGGUCUACAAGUCUAACAAAAAGCUACUUCUCGACGUCGACAGCAUCCAAGUUUCAGCCAAGGACUUCAUGAUAUCAGUCAACAAGAUCGUGCCCUCAUCACAGCGUUCAACUUCGUUCGGCGCAGCACCUUUGAAGAAGGCCACUGCCCCGCUUCUGAAGCCCGCUCUGGAGGAAAUUGCGCGAAUCAUCGACGAUCUUAUUCCACCGAAGAAGAAGCUAACGGCGCUCGAGGAGGCACAGUAUGACGACCGCGAUGACUUCGGUUUUGAGCGCGAGAACAUCAAGCUCGACUUCGAACAGGUCAGAGUAUUCCGACCCAGACUCCUGAUUCGCGGUUUUGAAGGGAUGGGCCAGCAGGAAAUCGGAUCAGCUUUGCUGCACAGGUUCGACAAUAUGCACGUCCAAUCGUUUGACCUUUCAAAUCUACUUGGAGACAGAGACAAGUCGGCAGAGGCAACCCUGGUGCAGCUUUUCAAGGAAGUGCGCACUCACAAGCCAUCAGUCAUCUACAUCCCUCAGGUUGAUGUGUGGUACGAAACAGUUGGCCCAAAUGUUGUCAGCAUCUUCACAAGCCUCCUUCGCACCAUGCCGGCUAACGAGCCGGUGCUUGUUCUGGGGACCAUGGAGCAGCAUGAGGACGAGAAAAUUGACCCGCAAAUGCUCAAAGACCUAUUUGGCUACUCACUCAAGAACCAGUACGAGCUGAAGCGUCCUAAUGAGCAGGCUCGCAAGGAGUACUUCCAGAAUGUUGUCGAUUACAUCCGGAAGCCACCGAAGGAAUUCCCCGAUGUCAAUCGGCGGAAACGCAAGUUCGAAGAGCUCCAGGAGGCACCCAAACCUUCAGAUGCACCGAAACCUCUUACAAAGGCCGAUCUCAAAGCUAUCAAAAAGCGAGAUCGCUACACUCUGCAACUUCUGAAGCUGAGAUUCCACCCGAUCAUGGAGCAGCUGAAAAACAAGUACAGGCGCUUCAAAGAUGGUCUCAUUCCUGAGAAAGAUUUUGAGUACCUCUGGAGGGAAGAAGAUCCACGGAUCCUGACCAGCGAUGUUCCCGUGGAGCAACGCCCGGAUGAGUACAGGCCGUACGAAUUCGGCUACGAUUCCAGAGGAGUCAGAGGUCUAGUAGAGACAGCGACUGGGAAUUUCUACUACAACCUGGGCUUCGACCAAAUCGAGCGCCGCAUCGCCAACGGCUAUUACAAAAGACCGAUUGACUUCCUCGAGGAUGUCAAGUAUAUCGCCAAAGACACGAGAACCAUGGGGAAGACAGAUCUCAUUGUCAAGGCCGAUGAGAUAUUGACUAAUGUCGAAGUCGACACCAUGGCAAUCGAGCUCAACAGUCCGGACCUCGUACGUGCAUGCCAAGAUGUGUACAAGCGGGAGCAGGAGCGCUUCAAGGCUUUGGAGGAGGAAGAACGUAAGAGAGCGGCAGAGGAGAACCGCCCAGCGCAACGGAUUUACGCCAAUGUUCCUCCGCCUCAGGACAACGAGACCCACGUGGCCGCAUCAGACAAUACGGGCCCUAUCAUCCUUGAUGAGUCUGAUCCUACCCCAGGUCAAGUGCCUCCUAUCACACCAUCUUACCACGUUGGGCCCAGCUCGCUUUCGAACGGACUCUCAACGUCGGAUCAGACGGACAGCCACAAGCGCCAGAGCAAUGGGUCAGGCGCCCACGGCGAAGAUAGCUCUCAUCUGGAAGACAGCCAGGAGCAGGAUUCGCAGCAUCGGGACAAGCGGCAGAAACUUGACGACGACACUCAACAGAGCGCGCCAAACACGCAGACCGCCACUCGGUCGCAGAAAUCGGGUCACACCCAGAUGGCCCCCAACACGCAACCCGGUGACUACCGGAACAGCGCGUCCACAACGACUUCAGGCCAGAAAACGUCAGAUCGAUCUUCAGCGCAUUUCACAAAUACCCAGAGCACCGUCAACGGUGUCGCCCCCGGCCAGCACCCCGACUUCGCAUCGGGUCCCGCACAGUCUGGAGGCUCUCAGAUACCCGACACACAAGAACCCUUCGCCAGCAGCCAGCUCAGCAACUCACAGCAGUCGCAGCAAUCGCAGUCAUCGCAAUCAAACCUGUACGGCGGCGGACUCAUGCCGCCUGCACGCCAGGAACCCAAAAUCGGCUCACUCCUCAACUCAUCGUCAUCCAAUGAGCAGCAUCAGCAACAAGCCGAACCCCAGCUGAUUCUCGAUGAGGCGCAUCUCGCGCGGUUCCACGACGAACUUGUGCACCGCAGCUCCGGGCUGAGCGUGGAGCAGCUCGAGCAGGUCAACGCGGCGAUGAUGGCGGCUGUGUGGAGAGAUCGCGGCGAGUGGAACCGUAUCCGCGUCAUCGAUUGUGCGUCGACCGCCUUCAACGAGACGAUUCGCGACAUCGAGGAGAUACAGAAGGUAUGGCCGCCGAGCCAAGACAAGCAGAACAAGGCGUAA